GAUGAGUACAAAAAAUUAAAAAGGCGCCUAAGGUGUGGGGCCUGAUUCCGGGGAAUUGGCCUAAAGCCAGCCCUGUUAAUAAGCCUGGAUUUUCAUUGAUGUCACCGUACAGGCUUAUGAUAGGUUCAGAGUCCUUUAUUUAAUGGCCUGACUUAAUUAAUCCCCCUAUAGCUAUGGAGUGGUGCAAAGAAUUAAUCUAUAUAACAACCCUGCUAAGCCCUCCUUUUUAAGACACAUCUCCUGAAUUUCUUAAUUUUGAUUUAGGAUAUUCUGUUUUCUCAAACUUAUCUUGUAAGAAUGAGGUUAUAAAGAGUGACAGUCAUCCCAGUGUAGAUGGUCUAACCAAGGCCCUUAAUUAUGGGUCUAGUGGUGUACUGGAGCUUAUACAGGCCCCCUUGGAACUGGGGUGACAUUCAUCCCAAGAGUUAGGUUUAGUGUGCAAAGGCUGCAUCCUUCAGGGCUUUCUUCCGCAAAGCUUCAUUAAAGUCAGUUGGAGCCUUGCCUGAGUAGGGAAUGCAAUAUCAGGCCCUAAGUGAGUGUAAGGGAAUGGAAACAUCUGACAUGGUGGAUUUCAUGUAUACCCACUUUGCCUGGGUGUGAAGGAUUGCACAAGGCAUGAUUCUUAUCUCAUCUAUGCUGGUGUAAUUCCACUGACAUUCGUGGAGUUACUCUGGAUUUACACGAGUAUGAGUGAGAGGGAAAUCAGGCCCGUAUGUCUUUGAUAGGUUUCCAUUAACACUCAGUCAAGACCCUGUUGUAUGCUCCUUAUAAAAAUUACUGUUUCAUAAUAAAUAAAACUUGAGCCAGUAUCAGUGGUAGAAUAAAAAAACCCAGCAAGGAGCUGCCUGGCAGAUUCAGUUCAGAGGUUCUGUUUCUUCUGAAGAAGCUCAUAAUGUGGGAGAACAGCUGUUGUACAUCAAACCAUAAUAAUGAAAAAAAAAUCCCAGCAGAGAUCUUGGAUGUUUUUAAAUUUUGGACUUGUAACAGUACUGGCAUCUAAGCAAGACACCUGCAAGGCUCAUUCUGGGAAUUUUCUAGCAUGAGCUAGAUCCACCUGUGUGUAUGAACACAAAACACUUUCAUGACAUUUGCAAUAACUUUUGGCCUACCUCUCAACUGUGACAGAAAAUCAUAGAGAUGGGGAAAGGUCCAUUUGGUGUGGGGGGAGAACACCUGUCCCAUCAGGGAUUGUUCCUUGAAUAUAUUUCUUAAGUGUUUUGUUUAAUUCAGCUGGAAAAGCUAAAGGAGUAAAACUGGAUAUCAGUGGUUAGAUUUUUAAAUUUAAGACUCUGAGAGGGUCUCUUGUUAAAUGUAGCAUUUGGCUGCUGAAUUCCAACAAAAGCAUCAAAUAAAAUCGGGCGGGUGGUGAUUAUUGAGUAGGGGAAGGAUUGUGUGUGAAUGUUCAGUGUUCAAUACACUAGGAAUUCAAAAGCAGAGGGAAUAGUACCUGAUGAUGGAAUAAUUUAUAGGCAAAGAAGUCUUUAAACAUCACAGAUGUGUUCCAUUUGAGAGGUAUAGUAUGAAUUAUGAUGUCCACUUGUUGCACCAACUAAGGAGUUGUUAACUGGUGUUUUGGGAUAUGAAUGAAGAGAGCUGUUCACUUAAAAUACUAUUUUAGCACAUAAAACAUGCACUAUAUUAUGCCCAUCUUGCAGUUGUGCCUCCAGAGUAUGUUGCUAAAUAGGAUCUGGCUGGGUCAGUACCUGGAUAGGAAUCCUCCAAGGAUCACCUGAGGUUCUUCUGCAAAAUUACGUAGGGAAGACAAAAGUCUCUCCUUGGGCAGACACCAAAUCCAGCUAGUGCAAGCGCAUGUUUUGCAGCGCUCCCUGCAACCUGGCUGCACUGUCCUCGCAAUAGAGAGGAAGAACAAGUUCCCUUCUAACUGAUAGAGGAAACCAAGUCCCAGUGCUAAAGGUUCCUGCUGGAAAAUAUAGAAUGCAGGUGAAUUAACAUAAAACAAAGCAAACGGGUACAAAGCAGAAUGUGUGUAACCCAGGAAAACACUCUGCAGUCUGGAAUGAAUGGGGCUCAGAAUGGAAGGCUCAGCCCGGCACUCUGGGUACGGAGGGCUGCUUGCAAGGCACUGUGGUGGUCUUAAGCCCUCCAUAAACCCUAUUUUCAAGGGUUGCAAGGGGCUAUGUACCAUGUAAAUCCCAUGCAAGUGGGCCUUCUGCCCAGGGCUGUUUCAAUUGCAGGAAACCUGAACCCCAGUUCUUUUCAGUGGGCUGCCCAGUACAUACAGGACCUGACGCCAGGUCUCUUGUAACAAAUGAAACUACACUCGUGCCUAGUACAAAGCCAUUAAACUCAAUGGUGUUACGAAUUUUGCCCCAGAGAAUAAAAUGAGUGAUUGAACAAAAUGAUUGAAAUGGCUUCUUACCAUUGGCUGUCUUCAGUUCCCAUAGUUGCACAAAGAUGGACAAGUGAGGGCAGGGGUGUUUUUUUUCUUUUGGUCCUGCCCUUCCCUCCCAUUUUUUCUUUUGGGGGGUGGGGGAGGGUGUUUACGUAUAGGUGGCCUUCUAUUCCUUUGAUAAACAGUAAUAUUGGAGUCUUUAAAUUACUGAGAUGAAAUGUUAAAGUGCAAUUAUAUUUAAAACUAUUAUUUCUCUAUUGCUGUUCCCAAUCUCCAACCAGCAGCACAGUUUAAAAAGCACUCAAGAUAGAGACAAGACUCUUCCCUUGGUUGCAUCUGCUGAAUUGUAUGGGAGUGCAUGGCUGUAAUCCUGUCAACAGCCUUAUCUCUGUAAAUAUAAUGGGCCGGUAUCACCAGUACACGUUGCAUCACCACAGCAGCAUAAAGGAACUAAGUGGCUGCAGACUUGGUUUAAAUGGUUGUUGAAGAUGGGUUUAUUGCUGCUUUUAAUCAUUGUAACAAUAUAGAACAGCCAAAGUGAGGUGGCAAAUUUGAUCCCAAAUCUACAAAUAAACAUGCAUCUAAUUCAUAUGGAAAUCACCUUGAUUUCUUGUAUGUUACUUCCCUCUCUUUCCAUGGCAUCUGUGAUCUUAGACAUUUCUCUUAGCUUGUGGUAAAAAAAACGACCUGCAAAAAUGGAAUGGAUGCUGAAAGAACCAGUAGUCCAGCUGUUCAGCUUUUGAUGGUUAAAAAAGAAUCUGUUUUGUUCUUUAGAUUUCAUGUUACUGAAUAUUUUUCAGCCAGUUCAUUUGAAAAGUUGGAUGUAAUUGACUGCUCCCCACAAGCCCUGAGCACAGGAAACAUUCCUGCAUUUUUACCUUGGGAGAUUUGUUAGUAGGAGUAUCAGAGGGGUAGCCAUGUUAGUCUGGAUCUGUAAAGCAGCAGAGAAUCCUGUGGCACCUUGUAGACUAACAGACAUUUUGGAGCAUGCGCUUUUGUGGGUGAAUACCCACUUCGUCGGAUGCAUGUUAGUAGGAGCGGUCCAGCUGUUUUUUAAGCAGGUAUCUCAUUUCAGUGAUUCAUGAGCACUAAUUUGACAAUCAGUUUGGUUUUAGUUAGUAAAACAUUUCAAAUGUGCCCACUGAUGUAAAUGGUGCCUCUUCUAACAACCUUUUUGCUGUGUUUUAUGUUAAUCCAAAUGGGAUUGUUUGUAAUGUGGGGUAAAUAGACUUCAUAUUCCUCCGGGCGCAUGUUUUAUCUGCUGAAGUAUUAUGUUUAAGUGGACUAAACGUACUGUUCCUCUGACUUUGCCUAGAAGGGGAACAGCUUUACAGUUUUGAUGGGAUGUUUAACAGUUAUUUUUAAAAACUAACUUGUGCUUUUGUACAAAGAGCAAACAAGUGAGUAGGUCACUGAAGCUUAAAAAGAAUAAGCCUGACUGCAGAUGGUGGCUCCAAAUGGGGGCCCAUGGCUGCCUCGUGGGAAAUCUCUUUUCACAAGAGCAAGUGCUAGUGAAACUUUGAUGAAGAUGUGUCCUACAAGAUACUGGCUUUUACUGUAUUGUCCCAGUGUGAGCCUUGGGAGGGCUUGAAGGGAGGGCGGUAAAGCCGUGUACACCAGUCUGACUCGUUUCACGUUGAUGGCCUUUGCUCUGACAUACUGUUCUCUUUCAGAUGAAGAAUCUCAUGAACUUGCCUGGCUUUGGAAACACGUCAAGGGCAGGGUGCAAAACACACUAGUAGGACAUGACCCUUAACCUUUUCUCUAAAGAGUAGCCCUAUAGGUAUAUUUAACCACUUUAAGAAGCUGUUCCUGAGUGAGCAAGCAGGUCGAGCCCAGGCUCUGGAGUUUGUCCGCAAGAAUGUCGCCAAUGCCCUCUCUAUGGCUAACCUGAUCAUGGGUCUGUCUUCCAUCCUCUGCAGCCUAAAUGGGCAGUACCACUAUGCUUGCUGGCUGCUCCUGAUUGGAUUCCUGCUUGACCUAGCUGAUGGAGCAGUUGCUAGGCAACUGAAUGCUUGCUCAGCCCUGGGUGCCAAGUUGGAUGACUUUGCUGACUUCACUUCAUUUGGUCUGGCCACAGCUCUGCUGCUGCAGGCUCACGGGAUCCUGGAUGGUUUGCUGGCUAUUGUCUAUGUACUCGCAGUCUUUUCCCGCUUGUGCUUCUUCUCGAGUGGAAUCCCUUUCAUGUACCGAGGUCUGCCCUGUCCCUAUGCUUCUUCCCUCCUGACUGGCACAUACCUCUUGACCGGGGGCAAUCUUGUGGUUCUACGGAUUGUGGCCAUGAUAAUGAUCCUGUUCAUGGUUGACCAGGGCUUCUAUCCCCAUGACAAAGUAUUGGAGUCUCAGCUCUGGAAAAAGAUGGUCUAUGCAGGGGGUAUCCUGAUGGUUUUGUUCUCUUCCUAUUCAAUAGUCUCUCUCUACUAUCUCAUUUGGUCUACUACUUACAUCUUCUUCCCAGUCGCCUUGUGGAGCUGCAAAGUUUAACUGCACGCUUGGUAUCGUGUAGAUGAUGACAGCUUCACAUGUCACCAUGAUAACCUGCCAAAGGCAACACCUGUGACCUAAAUGAAGACUUAUCCUGUGUUAACAUCCAUGAGUUGCCUAAUCCUUACUAAAGGUUUCAUCAUUGCAAUCAUCUGUACUUGAAAGUAACAGCGACAGGAUGUCUUGUCACUUCAAAUAACACAUUCAAACUGGAGUGGUAAGAAGUAUCUGUGUUAACACAGCUCCUGCAGUUCCCCUGCGUGUUCAAAGUGUUCAUGUAGUGCCUGCUCUCUGACACCACAUGUAAUAACUAACGUGAAGUUUAACGCUUGUUAAUGGGGAAACUUCAUUUAAACUCUCCCAGCUAUUUGAGGAUUUGCUGUAGAUGUGAGUGUACAUAUUCCUUACAAAAAGAUACUGUCUGGAUUUAAGUUGAGAAAUUCAGAUUUUUAUUAUGCUUAAAAUCAUGAAUUUACAAAGUUAUUUGCUUCUUCUAGAAUUGUAGGGCAGUAGACACCCACGAUGGGGGUUCCUCUAAUGACCCCAUGGACCCAACCUCGCCUGUGGCUCUGGAAGAGGCCCAGGAAGGCUGAGAUCAGUAUCAGAAGCACUGAGAUGUUGAUUUGAAAACUGCUGCUUAACAUCUUGACCCAGUGGGCCCAACCUGAUUACGUGGGAGGGCCACAGGAUCUUAAGCACGAUCUUGGGUGGGCCAAACAGAUUCGACAGAUUUUAAUCAGAUUUCAAGGCACCUGUAUUGAUUUAUAUUUGAAGUCCAGCUUGUUUCUUAUGUAUUUAGCUAGGUUGUUUCUAUGUACAGUAUUGUCUGUUUACACACUUGUGUAAACUAAAAUGAUGUAAAUGACAAAACGCUAAUGAAUCGGCCAUUAGUAUAUUGUGUUGAAGCACGGUGUGGGCCUUAUGAAAUGCUCUGGUGGCCUGUAGGUUGGGCUUCCCUGUCCUAACCCAAUGAAAUGGCAUGAAAAUAGUUAGAGUAAGUUUAUUUGUAUAUUUGUAAUACACAGGAGAGCAAAGCAGAUGGCUUUUUUCUUAAUGGAUCACUGAGGGCAGUUUGAAAUUGCUCUCAAACCUUCUCAGCAACAGCAUUUGCAUUUGCACGAAAGAUGAAAAUGUCCUGCCCCUUUCCAGAGGUGGCACAGUGCAGGGGCACAGCUAGGAAAUGUUGGUUUAGAAGAGCCAGUGACUAACUGAACAUAAGCACAUGGCUUACAUUGAACCACCUAGUCCUAUAUUUUUGCAGACACUGUAGCUGGGCUUUUAUCCUGCUCCAAGGGCCUUGGCUUCUCAUCAGAGUUAGGCUGGGAAAACAGGUGUACCUAAAACAUAGAGUAGUGUUGACUGUUUUAGAUAAUUAUGAAAUGUGAGAUCUGUAGAUUAUAAAUUGUAACCACUGACUACUCCAACACUCACAUAGAAGUAAUCAGACUAGCAAGAUCAUCUUGUACUUGAAACGUAUCACCAUACAUCCAGCGUACCAGGCCAAAAUCCCACUGCGGUGGGACCUUACCAUUUCAGAGAAUCCUGUGCUGAGGGAAGGAAAAUUCUGACUAUCUCACUACAAAGCACCUGCCUCUGAGAAGGGAAAAACGUCUUGCAGACCAAGGGAUAAAGAAUAACCUCUUCAAUGUAGUUACUCCAGGAUCCCAAACGUUUAAGUCUGUGGAGUUGCACCGGGUCUGAACUUGGCCCACGUGCAGCUUUGUUCUUUUACUGGAGUUGUACCUACUGAGGUAGGAAUUUGGCCCACUGCAUAAACUUCGCUGGUGAAGGGACUUUACCCAACUAUGAAUUAUUUUGGUCAUGUGAAAACCUCUCCCUGGACAUAACUUGGACUGUCCCUGGGGGUUACAAGUCUGAGGCUCAAAACUUCACUCCAGAGACAGACCAGGGAAAUUGACCAAAUACCUACACACCUAGGUCAGUCCGGGCGUAGCUACUUCAAAGACUAUAGCAAAACAGUAAAACAAACACUUGAGACCUGAUUCUGAUCUCUUUGCUAUGGUGUCAAUCUGGAGUAACACCACUGAAGUCAGACUAACAUCUGGGUAAAGCUGGUGUCAGACCAAAAUCAGGCCCUCACUGUUCAAGUUAUGGCCUCAGUUGACAAGUUAUGAUCUGAGUAUCAUUCCGAUAAAGAAAUUUAAUUAAAAUAACCAUUAGAUUAACUAGGUUUUAACGUUGGUGUCCUUCUAAUUAAUGAUUCAGUCAGAGUGCAUUUGAAAAGAAAAUAGCCAAACUACUAGGGUAAGAUCCGUCUGCCUUAAUUUUUUGACAAAUGCAUGUUCUUAUAAAGGUUGAGGUUUUCUCACUUGAGCUGUCUGGGAAUGGGGAAAGCGGGUCAUGUAAGCACCUAGAUUCUGCCUCCUACCUUCUCUAGGGUUGUGAAAAUAAGCCUGACCUUCAAAGUGUGCUCCCGGAGGAGCAGCCUACUGAGAACUGCUGAAGUAAGUCCUGCACCUUGAAGCUUCCUCUCUAGAGGCCUGAUCCUGUGAGACACUGAAUGCCUCCCAUGAGAUGCAGUUGACUUCACUGGGAACUGAGAGGUGCUCAGCAUUUCACAGUGCCAGACCUUGAUAUUUCUGCUCCGUUGUGUUCGAGUCUCGAAAUGACAAAUGAGUCACUUGCGUACCCCAGGAGGGCCCCUAGAGCAGUCCUUGCAUUCACCAGUGCCAGUCGGGCACAAUAGGAUGUGGCAGCUGUUGCAGUGGGUCAAAGCAGAGGUGCACUUGACUUUUCAAGCCCUUGAGUCCCUAAUUCUGAUUGCAUCCGCAUCCUUAGAAGUAUCUGAACUCGGUCCUGUUGGCUAGAGGGGGUAAAACUAGCCAGGCUGAACAGUGGCUUCCUAGCUGUGCUGAGAAAUGCCUUGUUGGAGCCCUAGUCUCUCUCCCAGCCCCUGGAGGAGAGAGAGCCUAAGCUCAGGCAUAGCCGCUGUGGCUGAUUUGAGUGGCAGUGUAUUGCUGCAACCUCUACAGCCAAAGAAUGGCUCCAUUAUGAGGCCAUGAGUAUCCCAGUGGAGCAAGGAGAGAGAGUAGCUACGAAUCAACCCAUAUGGUACCUUAUCACAACAUAUGCAAAACUGGGGGGAAAACCAGAAGCUUUCCCAUUAGGCAUAGCCUUCACUCCCAGAGUGCUCUGGCUCUUCCCAAGUGUUUUUUAAACAUGGCACCUGAUCUGAUGCUGUGACAACACCUGGCAUUGUUUCCAUGUCACCAUCUUUUGUUGGCACAACUAAUGGGUUUGAGAGAGUAAAAGCACCAAGCAAGAAGCUGCAUGGCAAAGUGGACUGUAGCUCAUCUGUAGCUGUGGGGUGCGAGACCGGAGACUGUCCCGAAGCUGUUCUGUUCUGGCAAUUGAAAUGUGAACACGAGAACACUUAAUUGGCAGAUGUAUCACAAAUGUACAUAGUAAUUUAUUAUAAGGAAGUAACUGUGGUGUGGGUUUUUAUUGUUGAAGUCCUGAAUAUAUUUUAAAGAGAAUUAGGUCCAUCCCCACCUGAAUACUGUGGGGACAAAACUCUUUCAUUUCUCCUCUAUUGAUCGAAUCUUUGAUGGGGAAGAAAAUCAUCUGUACCAGCUCUUUUAAAAUAUGACCUGAGGUCUUGAUGUCCUGGAGUUCUAUAAUAUGUUUAUUUUUUACUGAUCACUGUAGUGAAAUGUAUUUUAUUUCUCCCCCCUGCAUUUGCUUUAUCUGGGGAAAGGGCACAGGAAUGGAAAAUUGUACUUGAAGUUCAAUCUCUGGAAAUAAAAUUUUGGGGAAAAACA